AACAAUCAUCAUCUAACCAAAAUAUUUGUUUCAUUACUAGAUCAUAUUAUCUUUCUUUCUUGUUUUUUUUAUUUUUAUUUUUAUGAUGGAUUAUCUCUGUUUAAAUGAUAAACAUGGACCCUACAAAGAUGGAUGAUGAACCUGUAGUACGAACCUAUGAAAAGUACAAGGUGGGGCGGACCUGGAACCAAUGAAAACACAGCAAACUUUGAUGUGUCAAGAUGAGUUCUAUCUAAGCUAGUUACAUAUCUUCCCCUCCUUUUUUUUUUUUUAUUUUCUUCAUUUUGUAUUUAUCUCUUUUUUUUAUUUAUUUAUUUAUGCUUUACUUUAUAAGAAAAUAUCCUAUCAUUACAAGGUCAUAUUUACGUCAUUAUAGUCAACAACAGCCUUUGAUACAGUUGAAAAAUGCUACUAUUCAUCGUUAUGGUGUCAAAGAACCAGUGUUUCAAAAUUUAACUUUGUCUAUUGAACGUGACCAACGUUUAGUUAUUGUGGGUCCCGUGAAUGCGGGUAAAACUACCUUGGCAGAAACUUUAGCAGGACGUCAUUCUUCACAACCACUUUCGUCCAUUGAAUGGCCAUUGAUUAACAAGAAUGAUGUAACAUGUUCACCUUAUCCUUCUGAUCAUAUCCGUUUUGUCUCUUUCAAAGAAGAAUCAGGUGUAUUCAACUACAAUCAACAUUAUUAUCAAGAACGGUUCAAUUUCAGUGAUCCAGAUAAUGAUUUGACAUUGAUGGAUUAUCUUGAUCAACAACAUCAACAAAAUUCAAUGGAAAAAAAGAAUAUGUUAUACAAAGUGGCUGAUCAAUUGGAUUUGACUCAUUUAUUACCACUUUCUUUCGUCAAAUUAUCCAAUGGACAAACACGUCGUGCUAGGAUUGCUCGUGCUCUUUUACGUCAACCCAAAAUGCUUAUUCUUGAUGAACCUCUUAUGGGAUUAGAUGUAGAUCAUCGAAAAAGAUUAUUGGCAUUACUAGGUCAACUAUCAAAGGAAAAUUUACCGGUCAUCCUUGUUUCUCGUCCUCAAGAUGAGAUUCCAGAAUGGGCGACAGAUGUAGUGGUAUUGGAUGAUCGAAAAAUAGUAUGGCAAGGACCACCUGAUGAAUAUAUUGCACAUCAACAACAACAAAUGCAAGCUGAACGACAAGAAAAAGCGGCUUAUCGAGCACAGGCAUUACUGAAGGAACAGCAUGUGGAUCGACCAGGUAUAGUGGAGCUCAAUCAAGUCAAUGUCAUCUAUUCUGGAAAUAAAAUCUUGGAUAAUAUUUCAUGGAAAGUCAAAGAAGGAGAUCGAUGGGCUUUAUUAGGUCCCAAUGGAUCGGGUAAAACAACAUUAUUAUCGUUUCUAACAGGAGAUCAUCCACAAGCUUAUGCCAAUGAUUUGACAUUAUUUGGUCGACGACGAGGAACGGGAGAAUCCAUCUGGGAAAUUAAACAAAAAGUUGGCUUGGUGAGUCCUGAGAUCCAUUUGUAUUUCAAUCCAACCAUGACAGGCAUGAUGGCAGCAGGCACAGGAUUUUAUGACGUGAUGGCACAAAGAUCAUUGGAUGAUACCCAAAUGGCUACUAUUGAACGUCUAUUUACCGAGUUUGGCAUUAACCACGAUUGCCUUCAUCGUCGAUUACAGGACAUGUCUUCCGGUGAACAACGUAUGGUAUUGCUGGUGCGCUCACUUGUCAAACAACCACCUUUGAUCAUCUGGGAUGAACCCUUUCAGGGCCUUGAUGCCGCCAUGAUCCACAAAGUCAACAAUUGGCUCGAACACUAUCUCCACGACUCUCAAACUUUGAUCAUGGUCACCCAUCAUGAAGAUGAAAUCCCAAGAGCUGUUACAAAACGGUUUCAUCUAGGUCCUCAUGGCACGGAUGAUAAUCAUCGUUAUCAAGAUUCAAAAUGAGAAAGAAGAAAAAAAAAAAAAGAAGAUACUACAAUAAAUAUUAGAUAGAUAUAUUUCUUUAUUUUCAUCCAGUUUCUUU